AUGGAUAUGGCUGAGCAACCACUCUACUCCGAGGUACUCGGACUACCAAAGACGGACCCUACUCGCUGGCGAUUGAACACCACUGAACUUGGUGCUACUACAUGGGAGUAUCUCACUGGUGAUGAUGAAGAUGUAAACGAGAGAGAACAGUCGGCCUUUGUCAAGUACGCCCUCGAGGUUGAAGACUUCAAUCCACCUGACCUGCCAAAUGACUCCCAAUCUGCGUUCACAGCUGCGAAGAACGGUGCCACGUUCUUCAGCUACUUACAAGAUGAGAGUGGUAUCUUCCCGAUGCAGUAUCAAGGCCCAAUGUUCAUGACGGUUGGUUAUGUGGUGGCUCAUUACUUCUCAAAGACACCGAUUCCGGAGCAUGAGAAGGUAGAGCUGAUCAGAUACAUCGUCAAUACCUCCCACCCUGUUGAUGGAGGUUGGGGCCUCCAUUCUGUUGAUAAGUCGACAUGCUUUGGUACUACUAUCAACUACGUUGUCCUGAGACUAUUGGGAUUGCCAAAGGACCACCCUGUUUGCUUGAAGGCUCGUAGAACUUUGAUGAGACUUGGAGGCGCACUGAGAACACCACACUGGGGGAAGGCUUGGCUGAGUGUGCUGAACCUCUACAAGUGGACAGGUGUCAACCCUGCCCCUCCAGAGCUUUGGGCAUUGCCAUAUUGGUUACCGAUUCAUCCUGGUAAAUGGUGGGUUCAUACUCGUGCCAUUUACUUACCCUUGGGGUAUCUAUCUGCGGCUCGUGUACACUGCGAGGAGGAUGACCUGAUUAGAGAGCUAAGAGACGAGAUAUACAAACAGGACUAUGAUUCGAUAGACUUCUCAAAGCACAGGGAUGACGUCUGUGGAGUGGACCUGUACUAUCCACAUUCGAAGCUGUUGAACUUUGCAAACUACUUUCUGUCCAAAUGGGAGAAUUGGAGACCAUCAUGGCUCUUGAGAUCUCUGCAGACGUUGACGUAUGACCUUGUCAAGAAGGAGUUGCUGAAUACAAAGGACUUGUCCAUUGCGCCUGUUAACGCUGCCUUCAACACCGUCAUGGUGUUUCACGAGGAAGGCAAGUCGCCUCUCUUCGAGUCGUGUAUGUCCAGAUUGAAGGAGUGCCUCUUCCAUGGCUCGCAAGGUCUGACAGUCAUGGGAACUAACGGUGGACAGGUCUGGGAUUGUGCGUUUGCAGUUCAGUACCUCUUCAUGGCUGGGCUGGCAGAGCUGGAUGAGUUCAGACCGAUGGUUGAGAAAAGCUACAGGUUUCUCGUCAGGUCUCAGUUCACUGAGGAGUGUGUUGAUGGAAGCUACAGGGACAAGAGGGUUGGUGGAUGGCCAUUCAGCACCAAGGAACAAGGAUACACCGUCAGUGAUUGUACUGCAGAGUCUGUUAAAGCCAUCAUCAUGGUUAGAAACAGUGCCAAAUUUGCCCAUUUGAAGGACUUAAUCACAGAUGACAAGCUGAACAGAGCUGUUGAUGUGCUCCUCUCUCUACAAAACGUUGGCCACUUUGAGUUUGGAUCCUUCGCCACGUACGAGAAGAUCAAGGCCACCCCACUGAUGGAAUUGCUCAAUCCAGCUGAAGUGUUUGCCAAUAUAAUGGUUGAGUAUCCGUACGUUGAAUGCACAGAUUCCGUCGUCCUUGGGCUGACGUAUUUCAGGGAGCACUCCCAGUAUCGUUCUGACGACGUUAGUCUUGCCAUAUCGAGAGCCAUAGAUUACAUCAAGAGAGUCCAGGAGCCUGACGGCUCAUGGUAUGGAUGCUGGGGAAUCUGUUAUACCUACGCAGCCAUGUUUGCUCUUGAGGCACUCUACACAGUUGGCGAGAACUACGCAAACAGUGAUAUAGUUCGCAAAGGUUGUGAUUUCCUGGUUUCCAGGCAGAGAGCAGACGGUGGAUGGAGUGAGUCCAUGAAGAGCUGUGAACUACACUCGUACGUUGAAAGCGAUAGAUCGCUCGUUGUUCAAACAGCAUGGGCGUUGAUAGGGCUGAUCUUAGCGGACUAUCCGGACAAACAAGUGUUACAACGAGGCAUCAGCCUGCUGAUGGAGAGACAGCAACCAGAUGGCAGAUGGAAGUUUGAAGAUAUUGAAGGUGUCUUCAACCAUUCCUGUGCCAUCGAGUACCCGAACUAUAGGUUCCUCUUCCCGAUAAAGGCACUGGGACUAUACGCAAAGAGAUACGAGUCACAGCUCUGA